AACGUUCGACUCUCGCGCACACGCUGGCGGUGACAUCACGGGUUUGUUGUUAGUGCUAUGGCGUACCAGGAAGGGGAGUCGCUUGAAUCCUGGCUCAAUAAAGCCACCCAUCCGACAAACAGACAGGAGGACUGGGAGUACAUCAUAGGCUUCUGUGAUCAGAUCAACAAGGAGCUGGAAGGUCCUCAGAUAGCUGUGACUCUCCUCGUCCACAAAAUACACUCGCCACAAGAAUGGGAAGCUCUUCAGGCCCUGACCGUAUUGGAGGCAUGUAUGAAGAACUGCGGGAGAAGGUUUCACAAUGAAGUCGGAAAAUACAGAUUUUUAAACGAGCUGAUUAAAGUUGUGUCGCCAAAGUACAUGGGCGACAGUGCACCUGAGAAGGUGAAGAUGAAGAUUGUAGAGAUGCUGUACAGCUGGACGGUGGCUUUUCCAAAUGAAAUCAAGAUCAGCGAAGCCUACCAGACGCUGAGGAGACAGGGCCUCGUCACACACGACCCCGAGUUACCGCUGGACCGGACUCUGAUCCCCUCUCCUCCGACUCGACCCAAACACCCGGUGUUUGACAACGAGGACAUGGGCAAGCUGCUGGCUGAGCUUCUCCGGAGUAAAAAUCCAGAAGACCUCCAGGAAGCCAACAGACUAAUCAAGAACAUGGUGAAAGAGGACGAGGCCCGAGUGCACAAAGUCACAAAGCGCAUUCACACGCUGGAGGAGGUGAACAUCAACGUGAAGCUGCUGACGGAGAUGCUGUCCCACUACGACAAGGACAGCUCCACCGACUCGGACAGGGAUAUCAUUAAGGAUCUCUACGAGCGAUGUGACAAGCUGAGGCGCGCUGCUUUCAAAAUGGCCACCGAGACGGAGGACAACGACGCCAGUCUAGGGGACAUCUUGCAGGCCAGCGACGACCUCUCCAGGGUCAUCAACGCCUACAAGAAGACCGUGGAGGGGCAGCCCCUCAACGGGGACAGCGAGGAGCCUCGACCCUCGGCCGAGACCACGGACACGCUGAUCGACCUCGCAGGCCUGGACACUCCGAGUCCCCCUCAGCCCGCCGCCCCUCCGUUCCAGUCCCUAAAUCCCGUCUCCGCCGAUCCGCCUGCGUCCCCCAUCCCCGUCCUGCCUCCUCCGCCCAAACGCCUGGCGGGCUCCAACGGCAGCCAGAGCAGCAGCCCGAGUCGCCCUCCCCCGGACAAGGCCUGCACUACCUUCUCACUCCUCGAUGAUGAGCUGCUGUGUCUGGGACUCAACGACCCCCCUACCUCUCUGAGCGGCCAAUCAAAACCCAAGCUGAAUGAAUUGUCCAAUCACUGGACUUCCUUACAGGCUGCGGGUGGGGACAUGUUUGGCAGCCUCGCUCGUUCAGGUCCAGCUGUGCCUCCAGCUGUUCCCCCAGCUGUGCCUGCAGCGGAAGCAGCUGCUGCCACACACAGUCUCCAGGACCUGCAAGACCUGGCCAUGAUGGGCUUCUCUGAUCACAAGAGUUUGUCCACCCAGAGGGCGGCCCGAGGAAGCGGCUUUGGGUUUCCCGCGGCGGCCCCUCCCCUCGCACACGGCUCUCCCUCCUCCCCCUCCCGCCUCCACGGGGCGUUUCCUGCCUCCCCGGCUCUGUCCCACGCCAAGGCCCAGAGCCUGGGCUCCGCCCCGGGCAGCCCGCUCUUCCGCUCGCUGUCCCCCUGCGACCUCCCCCUCCAGGGCAGCCCGGCCAGAGCCACGGACUCCCUGAGCAACGUGCACGUCCCCCUGGAGGCCAUCAGACCGAGUAAAGUGCUGCCCGUGACGGCCUACGACAAGGACGGCGUUCGCAUGCUCCUCAACUUCGCGUCGGACUGCCCCCCCGGCCGGCCCGACGUGUUGGUGCUGGUGGUGUCCAUGCUCAACACGGCACCGCUGCUUGUUUACAACGUGGUCCUGCAAGCCGCCGUGCCAAAGUCAAUGAAGGUGAAGCUGCUGCCUCCAUCAGGAACAGAAGUGGCCCCGUUUAACCCCAUCCUACCUCCGGCCUCCAUCACCCAGAUUAUGUUGCUGGCCAACCCGACAAAGGAGAAGGUGCGUCUGCGCUAUAAGCUGUCUUUCACACUAGGAGAUCGUCUGUGCAACGAGGUCGGAGAGGUCGACCAGUUCCCCCCGCCAGAGCUGUGGGGUCAGCUUUAGAGGCGUGCAGGCCUGCUGCCGCUCAGCAGGUACAGAUUGGUUAAUUCCCCACGCAGGUGUGUGUGUGUGUGUACAUCACAUGGUGGAACGCUGACUGGACCGUACAGCUUCACCUUCCUCAUAGUUGUCAAGUCUUCUUUUUGGCCAUUGUUACUACUGGCAGUGAGGAGCUAACAGCUGAAACUAAAUUAGUAUUUAUACGGUGCUUGUAUACUUUUAUGUUAAUAAAUUAAAGAUUAAAGAAGGCAGUAAGAAGUAAGGCAGCCGUAGUGUUUACAAGAUGGCAUUAAGAUCAAUAUUAAAAGGGAGUUUCCCUGAAAUGAGUAUUACCGAUUAAUUGUGCUAAAAAUGAUCAAUAUAUUAGAGCAGUGGUUCUCAAAUGGGAGGAAGUGUGCCCCUCUGGAUACAUGAGAUUAAAAAAAAAUUGGCAUCCAUUCAAAAAUAGUUAUCUAAUAAAUAUCAGUUGUUAGUUCAUAAACUGAAUUUUAUAUAUAAUUCAUUUCAUUUUAUUUUGUAUAUCCCAAAAUCGCAAUCGGUUGGUGGUUCGCUCUGCUCAAAUCCUAAAAAGAGGUUGGACCCAACCUGGCAUACGCCCCCUGUCCUCGCCCGUCAAUCAAAGCUGCCUUGAAAGCUCAAACGAAGGUCAAAGGAGUCGUGGUUGAAGCGGCUGUAAAACCUGCCCACGAGGGGCGGCCCACCCAAAGUGUUGUUUCAGCUUUUUUUUCAACCCCAAAUGCUUUGUACUCCUUAGUGGGUACAUCACUAAAAGAAAAAAGGUUGAGAACCACUGCAUUAGAGCCGAGCUUCUGAAAGACGCGAUGGAGCGCAGUAUCAAACUAAGUUGUAAGUUAGCAGAGCCUAAGAUCCAACAGCUGAGCGUUUAUGUUGCACUUUCCCACAGAAAAUAUACUUGAAUAUGUGCAGACAUUUGAAAACAGGAUUCAGCAGAUGUCUUAAGAUGGUGAGAUAAACUGGAAAAUGUGUGUUUAGUAAAAAGUACUAUUAAUGUCAACCAUCAUGAUUUUAACAUGGUUUCCUGUUUAUCAAAUAUACUUGUGAUACUCUUAUGGAUCGACAAUAUUUCGUUAUGUGAUGAAAUUAAAUUUAUGUUUGAGUCUAACUGUAUUUCAUUCUAAAAAAAAUGAAAGGCGAGUGUUUGCAUUUCAGUCUUGAGUUUACCAGUGGGUUUGUUUCAUGGAUAUCUGCCCCUACCAGUGUUCGGAUUGGGAGUAUUUUGGCUUAUUUUCCCCUCAGUUAAUGUAUUUCAGUGC